AUGCUCAUCAUGGGUCUCCAUGACGAAUACAAGAAAGCCGUUGAUUUUGUUCAUCAGGUUGACUUUAGCAAUUCAAAAGAUGUCUCAAAGGGAUUCGAAACAAAUAUCCGCUAUUUAGGAGGUUUGCUUGCAGCCAAUGAAUUGAGUCCAGAUCCUAUUUUGCUCGAAAAGGCUGUCGAAGUAGCAGAUAAUACUUUGGUUCCUCUAUUUGUAGACUCUGUCUCUUCGGGUGAACCGGUGAAAGUGCCUUUAACUUACAUGAAUUUGAAAACUAAAAAGCCUGUUAAAGAACAGACGAUCAAUCUUGCUGAACUCGGUACAUACACAUUGGAAUUUAGAAAGCUAUCCGAAGUUACAGGUGACCCUACCUAUCAGAAAUUGGCUGACGACUUGACCAAUGCCGUCUUGAAUCAACCUACUCGUAUACCUGGUCUCUACCCUACUUCUUGGACUGUCCAACCUUUUGCGCCUGUCAACUCUAGUAUCAUUACUGUGGCUGGUGGUGCUGACAGUUUCUACGAAUAUUUGAUCAAAGAUUAUCUACUCCAAACAGACCGAAAUGAGAAAGUGCUGGAGGCUUGGGAGACGUCUGUUGACAGUAUGAGAGAAUACAUGCUUUCACCGACCACGGAAGACCCGGACACUCAGUUUGUCGCCAUGAUCAGUAAUAAUACCGUCUUUUACAAUUCUCAAGAACUUAUCUGCUUUUGGCCAGGUAACAUUCUUUUAGGUCUCACGCAAAUUGAAGAAGACAACAAAAGGAAAAAAUUCAAAAACUUUGCAGAUACUUUUCUCAAAUCCUGUAUUGAAACAUGGAGCGGUACUGCUACCGGUAUUGCACCUGAAAGUUGGAGUUGGAACCCAAAGGAUAAUUGUCUGGAAACAAAGCUCAAUAAUCUUUUUCAGAAAAAGCUACAAAAUCAGCAAAAGACGAUGAAGCGUGACACUGCUGACCAUCCUUCUUUUGACAUUGACAAUGCUAUUUACGAUUUAAGGCCAGAAACAAUUGAAAGCGUGUUUUAUUAUUAUCGAAUGACCGACGAUGAACGUUACAAGAAUAUCGCAUGGAAAAUGUUCAAGGCCAUUGAUAAAUAUGCAAAGACUGAAUCAGGCUACACCAUUGUUGAUAACGUUGAUGUCGUUCCGGUCAAACAACAAGACUUUCAAGAAAGCUUUUGGUUCGCAGAAACGCUGAAAUACCUCUAUCUCAUCUUUGUAGACAAGGACUGUCUAUCGUUGAAUGAUUGGGUUUUUAAUACAGAAGCACAUCCCUUCAGAUUACCAACGAAGAUUCACUUCCAAACUUCUUAA